GGUUAUGUUUGUUAUUCUUUAAUUUAGAAGUGUUUCAAGCACUUAAUAAUUUUAUUUACAACAAAUGACACUGAAGAGUUUAUUUUAUUUAACUAGUUUAAAUAUUUACUGUUAAGAAGAAUUAAUCAUUUUUCUAAAACAAUGGCCGGUCUUUUAACAACAAGAAUUUCAUUAAUAAAAACUAUUCAGAAAACACCAACUUGUUUUUUAGCUCCUACACAAGUGGAAGUAAUUAGAAAUAAAAAUGCAAAACAUUGGAAUCCAAAAUUUAAGAAAGAACGAGGACAAAAAUUUAUUAAAGUUGAACUUCCUGACAGAAGGAGGUUGAAUAACUCGAGUGAUUUUACAGAAGAAGAGCAACGUUCUUAUAUGAAAAAAUUUGGCAUAAAACCUCUUAAAUCUGAUUUUGAAAGAGGCAUUGUUUUAAAUUGUACCACUGAUAUAUUCGAGGCUUAUGUUCCACCAGAGGGAGAUGGAAAAUUUUCAGUUGCAUCUAAAUCUGGAAUACAACAAACUGCAACUACAAUUGGAAAGAAAACAACUUCUAUGAUGUCUAUAAGAAAAAUUAAGGGCUAUAUAGAUGAUUUUUCAACCGAUGAUUUUGUAGAUGAAGCCAGAGAUAUUUAUAUUAAAGCACACACUACUUUAGCUGAAAAAGAUUUUGAUAAACUCACGGAUUAUGUUACGGAAAAAGCACAUAUGGCAAUGACUCAUAAUAUUAAAAACAAGCAAAUUCGAUGGAAAUUUAUUGAAUCGUUAGAACCUGCACGAUUAGUUCGUGCUAGAACACAAGGUGAUAGUAGUCAAUUAUUUGCUCAACUCACAAUGAGAUUUCAUACCAAACAGUCUUUGGCCGUUUACGAUCGAUUCGGACGCUUAAUGCAUGGAAGUGAAUUUGUUGGAAAAGAUGUUCUAGAGUAUAUUGUAUUUGAAAGAUAUUUAACACUAUCACACAGCAUAUGGCGCAUUCAUGGAAAAAUUAUUCCAACUUGGCAAGCACCAAGAGAACCAAUAGCAACAACUGUUGUUAAACCAGAAAUAGAAGCAAAAGAAGAAGAAGAAUCAAAGCCAGCUACUAAAUACAAAGAAGUUACUAAAGUUCCUCAUUUAGAUAAUCAUUAACAGUAAACCAGUAUCAAUAUAAUUUGUUUACAAAAUUUUGUUAAUAAAAAAACAAAUUCCAGAUA